AUGGGGAAGGAUGUGGUAAUUGCAAGAACCCCGAAAUGCAUCAGUGGGUUAGAAUUCAGCGCCCUUUCAGCAGAUGAUAUAGUAGCGCAAUCGGAAGUGGAGGUGCAAACCAGAGACCUUUACGAUUUGGAGAAAGGUAGAACAGCCAAAGCCGGGGGUGCUUUGGAUCCACGAAUGGGUACAUCAUCAAAUGCACAAGAAUGUUCUACUUGUCAUGGGAACCUUGCCUCGUGCCAGGGCCAUUUCGGUCAUAUUAAGCUAGCAUUGCCUGUUUUUCACGUUGGAUACUUCAAGGCCAUCAUCACAGUUUUGCAGUGUAUAUGUAAGAACUGUGCUGCGGUACUUUUGGAUGAAAAAAAUAAACGUCAAUUUCUAAAUGAACUACGAAAACCAGAUAUCGAUAAUUUGAAAAGAAUGAAGAUUUUGAAAAAAGUUUCUGAUCAAUGUAAAAAGCAAAGAAGAUGCUUGAAAUGUAAUCAUGUUAAUGGAGUGGUGAAGAAAGCAGCAAGUGGUGCAGGUCCAGCAGCACUCAAGAUUGUUCACGAUACAUUCAGGUGGAUUGGAAAGAAAGAUACUCCGGAAAAGGAGGAAUGGGACAAGGAGAUCGAGCAGGUAUUUAUGCGUAACCCAGAGUUGGAAAAGUAUGCAAAAAGAAUUACCGAGGACUUUAAUCCAUUAAAGACAUUGAAUUUGUUCAAGCAAAUAACACCAUCGGACUGUGAGUUAUUUGGAAUGGACCCCUUGAGAGGAGGAAGACCAGAGAUGUACAUUUGGAGAUACUUGCCAGCACCACCAGUUUGUAUCAGACCCUCAGUCAUGAUGGAUGCACAAUCUAACGAAGAUGAUUUAACUGUUAAGCUUACUGAGAUUGUCUGGACCUCGUCGAUGAUCAAGGCUGGUAUUGCAAAAGGUAUCUCAAUGAACAAUUUGAUGGAACAAUGGGACUAUUUACAAUUGUCGGUGGCAAUGUAUAUCAAUUCAGAUUCCGCCAAUCCAGCUCUUAUUCCCUCGGUGGGAGGUGGCGGCGGAGGUGGGUCUAAAUCUUCUAAACCAAUUAGAGGCUUUUGUCAAAGAUUAAAGGGUAAACAGGGUCGUUUUAGAGGAAACUUGUCAGGUAAGAGAGUGGACUUUUCAGGAAGAACGGUUAUUUCACCCGAUCCGAAUUUGAAGAUUGAUGAAGUUGCUGUGCCCGACAGAGUGGCAAAAGUCUUGACGUACCCUGAGAAAUGUACAAGAUACAACAAGAGAAAAUUGCAGCAGCUUAUCAUAAAUGGUCCCGAUCACCAUCCUGGUGCAAAUUAUGUGCAAAAGCAAAAUGAGCCAGGAAAAAGAAACUUGCGAUUUGGUGAUCGUCACAAGCUCGCAAGAAGCUUGCAAGUGGGAGAUUUGGUUGAACGACAUAUCGAAGAUGGUGAUGUUGUUUUGUUUAAUAGACAGCCAUCAUUGCAUAGGUUAUCCAUCUUAUCACAUUACGCAAAGAUUCGUCCAUGGAGAACCUUCCGUUUGAACGAAUGUGUUUGUACUCCAUAUAAUGCUGAUUUCGAUGGUGAUGAAAUGAACUUGCAUGUUCCACAAACGGAGGAGGCAAGAGCAGAGGCUAUCAACUUAAUGGGAGUGAAGAACAACUUGUUAACUCCCAAAUCGGGUGAGCCUAUUAUUGCCGCUACGCAAGAUUUCAUUACUGGUUCAUACUUGAUAUCCCACAAGGAUACUUUUUUGGAUCGUGCCUCAUUAGUGCAGUUACUAAGCAUGAUGUCUGAUGCCGACAUUCAUUUCGACAUUCCGCCACCUGCUAUUUUCAAACCAGUUAUGUUGUGGACAGGUAAACAAGUGUUUUCGCUCUUGAUCAAGCCAAAUAAACAGAGUAAAGUUAUUAUCAAUCUUAAUGCAAAGAACAAGACGUGUCAUCCAGCCCCUAAAGGUUUUCCUCCGGAAAUGUCUACAAAUGAUGGUUAUGUUGUCAUUAGAGGCUCACAAAUCCUAAGCGGAUUGAUGGACAAGUCUACUCUUGGUGAUGGUAAGAAGGAUUCAGUGUUUUACGUGAUUCUACGAGAUUACGGUCCGCACGAGGCUGCAGCAGCAAUGAAUAGAAUGGCCAAGUUGUGUGCCAGAUACUUGGGAAAUAGAGGUUUCUCUAUUGGUAUCAAUGAUGUGACUCCCGCAACUGAAUUGAGACAGAAAAAGGAGUUGAUGGUUGAGCAAGCAUACCUCAAGUGUGACCAGCUCAUUGACUUAUUUAAUAGAGGUAAAUUGGAAACACAACCGGGUUGUAACGAAGAGGAGACUUUGGAAGCUAAGAUUGGUGGUUUGCUUUCCAAGGUGAGAGAAGAAGUUGGUAAUGAAUGUAUUAGAGAAUUGGAUUCGCUUAAUGCACCAUUGAUUAUGGCAACAUGUGGUUCUAAAGGUUCCAUUGUGAACGUUUCUCAAAUGGUGGCAGUUGUUGGUCAACAGAUUAUAUCAGGACAUCGUGUUCCUGAUGGAUUUCAAGAUCGUUCAUUGCCACAUUUCACUAAGAACUCAAAGACACCGCAAUCGAAGGGUUUUGUUAGAAAUUCUUUCUUUAGUGGUUUAUCACCACCAGAGUUUUUGUUCCAUGCCAUCUCUGGUAGAGAAGGUUUGGUUGACACUGCUGUUAAAACUGCAGAAACAGGUUACAUGUCACGAAGAUUGAUGAAGUCUUUGGAGGAUUUGUCUGCACAAUAUGAUGACACUGUGAGAAACUCAUCCAAUGGUAUUGUUCAAUUCACAUACGGUGGUGAUGGAUUAGACCCGUACGAUAUGGAAGGUGAUGCAAAACCAGUCAAUUUCAUUCGACAAUGGGAUCAUGCAUAUAACUUAACAUUCAGUGCCAACGACAAGUCGUUGUUACCAUACCAAAUUAUGGAUGUGGUGGAGCAGACCUUGAGACCACGUGAAGAAGCUUUAAAGACCGGAGAUGAGGAGGGAAAGACUGAAGAUCAAUUGGUUGAUCAAAAAGAUGCUCAACGUGAAUUCUAUCGCUCAGUGCGAGAUUUUAUGGCACAAAAAGCAGAACGAUUGGCAAGGUUGCGAGAAGAGCGUGGACUCAAGCCUUAUUUUACUUUUGAUAAGCAGUCAAGCGAUCAAGACGAAAUGGUACUAGACGAGGAUGCUUCCAAAGUCAAUGCUAUCGACCAGCUUAUGAAGAUCUCUAAAAAAACAGUUAAAAUCUUCCUUACUCAAUGUCUUUAUAAGUAUUCAAGAGCCAAAGUUGAAGCCGGUACAGCAGUUGGUGCAAUUGGUGCACAAUCUAUUGGUGAACCAGGUACACAAAUGACCUUAAAGACUUUCCAUUUUGCCGGUGUUGCUUCUAUGAAUGUUACCUUAGGUGUGCCCCGUAUUAAGGAAAUUAUUAAUGCCUCCAAAACGAUUUCUACGCCGAUUAUUAACGCCGUAUUGGUGAAUGAAGAUGACGAAAUUGCUGCGCGUGUAGCAAAAGGAAGAAUUGAGAAGACAUCACUCAAGGAUGUUUCCAUCUAUAUUGAGGAUGUAUACAAGGAUAACUUGGCCUUUUUGUCGAUCAAAGUUGACUUGGAUUCAAUUGAAAAAUUGCAAUUGGAAUUGGAUAUCAGCAACAUUGCUGAGGCAAUUUGCAAGGCGCCAAAAUUGAAAAUUUCGCAGAGUGAUGUCUCGGUCAUGGGUAAGGAUCGUAUCUUGGUUGCGUGCCGGGUUACUGAAUCAAAAACCGAGAGUUUAAAGAGUGGCGAAGACCAACGUAACAAUCUUUUUUUCCGUAUGCAACUGCUUAAGCGUGUGCUUCCAGAUAUUUGUAUCAAAGGUCUUCCAAAUAUUUUCCGUGCUGUGAUCAACAUCAAAGAUGAUAAUAAGAAGGAACUUUUGGUUGAAGGGUAUGGUUUGAAAGAUGUGAUGAAUACUGAAGGUAUUGUUGGAACCAAGACUACUACCAAUCACGUGCUUGAAGUCAAUGAGAUUUUAGGUAUCGAAGCUGCACGUUCGUCCAUUAUUAGAGAAAUUGAUUAUACUAUGAGUAACUAUGGUAUGAGUGUUGAUCCUAGACAUAUUCAGCUUUUAGGUGAUGUCAUGACAUACAAAGGUGAAGUCUUGGGUAUCACACGUUUUGGUUUGAGUAAAAUGAGAGACUCUGUUUUACAAUUGGCAUCUUUCGAAAAGACAACUGAUCAUUUGUUCGACGCUGCCUUCUACAUGAAGCGUGAUAAGAUUGAAGGUGUUUCAGAAUGUAUUAUUUUGGGACAGACGAUGGCAAUUGGAACUGGUGCGUUUAAAUUGGUGAAAUCAUCAAAUUUCAGUGAUAAGGUAUUGAGAAGAAAACAGACUUUGUUUGAAUCAUGUUGUCAAGUUCCUGUUGCUGCCUAG